GCUCGCCUUCAACUGCAAGCUACGAGUUGAGCACGCGAGCGGAGGUUUUCUCACGUUUGUAAGUCAGCGAGCCGGAGCUUCCAGGUUGUUUUACCCGCGUCACGUUGAGUCUGUGUACUACUGUAUUGCUUGAAAACGUUUUCACGAAUGCCGGGUUGCCGUUAAAGCCGAGUGAAGUCAGUUUCGCCAAUGUGCGCCUCCGGAGGUUUGGCCGGCUCGCCAAUGCUUCUGCAUCAAUUUAUGAACGGAGCCCUGGAAGCCAUGCAUCCCACCGCGCUCCAGAAGGACACGACUUUUACCAAAAUCUUCGUCGGCGGACUGCCGUACCACACCAACGACGCCUCGCUGCGAAAAUACUUCGAGGCCUUUGGGGACAUUGAUGAGGCCGUGGUGAUAACCGACAGGCAGACCGGCAAGUCCCGAGGAUACGGCUUCGUCACGAUGACAGACCGAGGGUCGGCUGAGAGAGCCUGCAAGGAUCCCAACCCCAUUAUUGAUGGCAGAAAGGCCAACGUCAACCUGGCCUACCUCGGUGCCAAGCCUCGCAGCAUCCAAACAGGCAUAUCCAUCGGAGUGCAACCCAUUCACCCGGCAUUCAUCCAGAGGCAGUAUGGGUUGGCCCCGCCUUACGUCUACCCGCAAGCCUACGUGCAGCCCAGCCUGGUGCUGCCCACCCAGCUGUCGUCGUCGCUGACGAGCAGCCCUUACCUGGACUACAGCGCGGCCUACACGCAGUACGCCCAGGCCAACUUUGAGCAGCAGUAUCCCUACGCCGCCUCCCCGGCCGGCUUCCUGGGUUACAGCUACGCCGCCAGCCCCGCCGCCAGCGUGGGGCCGGCCGCCNNCGCCACGGCGGCCACCGCCGUGCACCCCGCCCUGCCCUCGGCCGCCGGCCCGGCCGCCGCCGCCGCCGCCUUCCUGCACUACGCUCCGCAGCAGCAAAUCCAACCCGACCGCAUGCAGUGAGCUGCGGCGGAACGAGCGAGGAUGGCCAAACACCCUUUGGGGGCUACCCUGUGUUCAGGGCGUUUUCAGGAAAUGGAGGGGGGAGGGGACUAUUGCACUCGACGCGAUAUCUGGAUGUCCUCGUUGCUCAUGGGGUAAAGGGUGAAGGUGGGGUGGGGGGUUCCGUAUAGGCAUGCUGAGAAGCUUUAAUGUACAAGGUCGCUUCCAAGGGCUUCUAGAAAAGCUGACUCUUUAUUAUCAUUAUUAUUAUUAUUGUUAUUCUUUCUAUUGCCCUUUAUUAUUAUUAUUAUUAUAUUGAUGUCGUUGUUGCUUUGUAAGCCAUUGUUCUUAUUUUCAUGCCUUUUGGCUCAGUCAGUGGAAUGACACGUCUGUGGUCCAUCUUGUUUUGAGAGCAUUCUGUGACAUAUUCCACACUCCAAAGUAUCAGCUGGAUGUGAGGGGGCGCCGCUGUCCUCGGACGCUGUGUUGGGUGCGGGCGGGCGGGGG